AUGACCCCUCAGCUUGGAGACCGUCUCAAAGGCACAGUUGUGGUCAUUGGUGCUGGUAUAGCAGGGUUGAUAACCGCGUAUACCCUCUUGAGAGACGGUUUUGAAGUUCAAGUCUUGACUCGGGAUGCUGAAGCUGGGGGUGUUUGGUCCCAAGACCGCAUAUAUCCUGGACUUUUUCUCAACAAUGUCCAUGGAGAGUAUCGCCUAUCUCCGAUGGAAAUGUCGCCUCUAGUGGAACGUUCGGAUGUACGCCUCGGAGGCCAGGAUCUGAACAAAUACACGACUGCAUUUGCAUCAACAUUCCUCAAGGGCAAAAUCGAGUAUGGAAUAGAGGUGCAUCGCAUUCGCCGUGGUCCGGCUGGGUCGGGAUGGCAGCUCGAGGUUUUGAACCGCUCGACAGCUCUGCCUGAAACCAGACUUUAUGACCGCCUUGUACUCUGUACCGGGGGUUGCAGUGCAGGCUUCGUUCCGGAGUCACUCAGCCCCAGCGCUGCAAGUGCUGCUGGCUUCCAUAGGAUAGUGUGCCACAGUGUUGACUUCGGAAGAAAGAGGGCUGAGCUUCUAGCGUCUGUCCCGGAGAUUGGACUGGAGCCCUCCAGAACCAUCCCAUCCAUUGUUGUCGUUGGAGGAGGGAAGUCCGCCCAAGAUAUAUGCACGUACCUCGCAAAUGAACGCCGCAAAGUCACAAUAGUGUGUCCUGACUUCGAUGCAUUCACGGCUAGGCCGAAGCCACUUCCUGACUUUAUUCGGAAGAGCAGGCUCCUUGCUCUUUUAUCGCCCCAUAUUCACCUGAGAACAGGGCUAGAGCGUUUUUUGCACACUACUCGGUUGGGUAAGAAAAUUGUCAACUCUUGGUGGAAUCGUCUCGCUGAGGACUCUUACCGUGCUGCGGGAGUGCCUGCAGAUUCUCCGCUGCGCCGCGCCGUGCGGCCGUUCUGGCAUACUCGCGUUAACGAUGAAGGUGUACCUCGCUCUAACGGUUUCCAUGCGCUCGUAUCUGCUGGGAAAGUAGAAGUUAUAUGUCCUGCACGAGUUGCUCGCUAUGGCCGCGACGGUAUCUCUGUGAUACUGGAGGAUGGCAGAUCCCUCCCUGCAAGUGCUGUGGUUCUCUCCACCGGAUAUAGGUCGUCUUGGCCCACUAUUUUUGACGAGGAGACCACCAAGGACCUAGGGUUGGAUCCCCAGCCUGUGAACGAUACAACGACACAUCAGUGGAAGUAUACGACACUGUCAAAUGCUCCUCCGUUACAUCCUGAGGCAAAACGUUGGUCGUCUACUCUAUACCAUGGUAUAGUUCCGGCAAAACACAUCGUCCAUCGUGAUCUGGCUGUCAACGGCGCUGUUUUGUCCCCGAAUUUCGGCUACACCACUGAGGUUACCGCCCACUGGAUCUCUUCCUACUUUCUUGGAGAUCGCUUCUUACGUCUUCCUGCAACCUCUGAGGAGGCGCUCGCCUUGACGGAACGAGAGGCGGCGUGGCUUCGAACCCGCUACCCCCAGAUCCCGACUGCCCUCAACAACAGCCACACGAGCUAUCUAGCGUUUUGGUCGUGGCCGCAGCACGUGGACGACUUACUUGAGGACAUGGGUCUCCCAGUCAUGCGGAGCGGAGGGAACGCUCUUACCUGGCCGCUCAAGGUCGUCGAUUUGAAAGAAAUUAGUUCUUUGAAGGAGGAGCGCGAUAAAAAACGGGCCGGGAAGAAAUCUUGA